AAACGCUGAAAUAUCCCGAAGUUGUUUUUCUUGACGAAAAUGGCGGACAUUCCGUAGCUUUUUCAAAACAAACAAUUAACAACUAAUAACAGAGAAAGAGUAAACCAUCACAAUGCCUCCCUUGGAGUGGGACAAGGUGAUGGCGGCAAAGCCGUCCAAACUGUCAGAUGAUGAAAUUGAAGGUUUCUAUGAGGCGCUGGUUGAUUUUGAUCCUACUGAAGAUGAUGUUGCCAAGUUGAAACAACUGUUUAAGGUCACACAGGCUAUAAUGAAAUCACGAAAUGAUCAGGUGGAAGAAAUUAUGGAUGAGAUGGAAAAGGAGACCAAACAACAAAAGAAGAAAGAACAAGAGUUGAUUGCUGAAAGAAAAGAACUUGAAAAGAAAGUUGAAGAAUUAGAGAAAUAUGGUGGUGAUUCUGCAAAGGGCAGUGGUACAGCCAGAAAGAUGAGAGAUGAACUGUCCGACCUGGAUAAACAGAAUGUUGAACUGCAACAAGAUAUACGUGAUCUCAAACAAGAGCUUGCUACAGAACGUAGGACUGCUGAAAAGUACAGUGAAAGGAUCAGUGAUGUUGAGAAAGAAAUGAAAGAACUCAGAGAAGACAAUGACCAGAUGCGUCAGGACAUCACAGAGUACAAGCUACAACUCCAGUCACAGAGGAAUAUGAUGGUGGCCAAACAGGACGACACAGACAUGGCUAGCAAACUGAUGAGGAAAAACAAAGAUCUUGCUGAGGCUAUGGAAGAACUUCAGAACCUGACAGAUGCGAACGACAUGUUACAAAAACAGACAGACAACCUGAACAGGCAGCUGGAGGAAGCUAUCACACAGAUGGACAGAACCACGGAGGAUUAUGCUAAACUCAAGCUUGUUCUGCAGCAGAGUGAUACAGUGCAAGACAGACUGAGAGAGGAUAAUGAAAUCCUUAAGUCAAAGGUUGCUGAUCUAACAGAGCAGCUAGCUUCUAAGACUGAUGCUGAUGAUGCUAUUAUGGUUGCAGUGGACAACAAGAUUGAGGAAUGGAAACUAAUUCUUCAAGACAAGGACCAGUCUAUUGUAGAUCAACAAGAGGAAAUUUUCCGUCUCAGAGAACAGCUGAUUGCUGCCAACAUGGACAGUGACAAGGCAUCUGUUGCAGCUCUCUCAAAGGUUAUCAAAGAGAAAGACAGACAGAUUGAGGAGCUGACAGAACAGAUGAAGGUGUAUGCUGAUGAUCUGGAUAAUAAUGCUGCAAUCAUAGAAGAUCUAAGAUCAGAAUUACACAGAACUGGCCAAGGUCCAGGGGAGAGACAGCAAUUGAUCAUUCGAGAACUAAAAGAGAAACUGAAGGGUGAACAGGAAAGAAACAAGAAUGCUGACAGAGACAUUAAAUUGGCUGAACAAGAUGCCAGUGAGAAGGACAAGGAACUAAAUGAUGCCUUGGAAAGGAUGAGACAGUAUGAAGCUGGAGAAUAUGGCCUGGCAGAGGCUGUUGCUGAAAUAAAAGAUGGCAAGAAACAGGUCAAAGUUAGAGAUAGGCAAAUAGAGGAGUUGACACAGCAUAUCAACAAGACAGAAAUGGCUAUCAAUGAUCUGUGUGACGAGAACGAGGACCUGAGAGGCAGACUCGGACUCGAUCCUCGUAAACCGCUAGACCUCACAAAGUUCAGAUCUGAUAAGGCAGUGAGAAAGGAAGAGGAAAAGGCUAUGAACUAUAUCCUGCAGAAGGAGGUUGAGAAACUUGAAGAUGAGAGGAUAGAGCUGAAACAGAAAAUCAGAAAGAUGGCUCAACACAUGGGACAGAGAGCUGUAGCGCUGGGUCUGACAGCAGAUGACAUGAUCGCUGUACAGGAGUACACGGAGACACUGAAGGAGAAGAGGAAACCAGAAUCUGUGGCAACAAUUAUCAAGAGAGAAGUUGCCAUGGAGGAAACAAAUAUGAGGAGAAAUGAGUAUGAUCAAGAUAUACGUGAGAACUUCCGUGAGAUGGAUCGUCUGUAUAGCGACAAUGCUCAGCUUAAAGCACGUGCUGAACAGCUUGAUGAGGAAAACAAGCAUCUAGAGCAGGGCCUCAAAGAAGUAAUGGAGGCUAUGAAGAAGUAUGGGGUCAGGGCCUCGGAGGAUGGGGAAGUGAUAGAGAAAGGAGAAAGAGAGUUGCCGGAAAUGCAGUUUCCAGCUCUAGAGAGAAUGUUAGCGGCAAUUGAAGCUAAGUCUGUGAUUGGGAGACAUGAUACAUCACUGUUCCUGAAAGCCCAGAUGGACAACUUACAGGGCAGAAAUGACGAGUUACGUAUGGUUCUCAGAGAAACCAGGCAUGAAUCAAACAAAGCCAACCUUGAACUAGAAAAAGCAAUGGAAAAGAUAAAACAGAUGGAGGAGGAGUUGAAGUCAGUGAAAGGUCCUGGCGGGGUCAGUGCAGGAUUCUUCAAACCAAUGAAUCUUCCAGAAAACAUGGCAACAACAAGCGCUGAGGUGAUUGCCGGCCUCAAUGAACAUCUGGUUACAGUUUUACAGGAGUUACAUGUGAAAGAAGAACUGUUGAACAAGACAGAAGGCAAACUUGAGGAUUACAAGAGAAAGUUCGCUGUGGUUAGACAUCAACAAGGUCUCCUGUACCACGACUAUCUCAAAGAUAAAAAGAGCUGGGAGGAGGAAGUGAAAAAGUUGAAGGAAGACCUUAAGAAUGUGGAAGGACAAAGAGAAGAAGAUAAAGUCAGAAAUCUGGAGUUUGAUCGAUUGAUUGAUACAUUGAACCAGGAUGACAGUGAAAUUAAGCGUAGGUUAUCAGAUCUUACAAGACGUAUCACAGUAUAUCGAGUAAAUGAGAAGGCCCUCACUAGAAGAUAUCAAACCAUGGAGGAGAUGGAUGGACAACAGAGAAAGGAGAUCAAUCGUUUGAAAAAUGAGAUGGUAGCUAUGGAGCAAGCAGUUGUUGAAAGAAUGGGUUACCUGCAGAGAUAUAAGGAUAUGGCAGCAUUCAAGAUUGCAGGCCUGCAGAAAGCCCUAGAAGACUCCGUUCCUACCAGUGACCUUGACCAUGCUAACAAAAAAUACCAUGAACUGACUGAGAAAUAUAGAGACUUACUAGAGAAGGGGAAUAACUUAGUGCUGAAAGCUGAGAUGCUGACUGGUCUUGAGGUUGAAGUUAAGAGAAUGACGGUGGAGAAUGAAGAACUCAAGAAGACAAUGACUCUAGACAAAGAGAAGUUACAUACACUUGAAGCAGCUUUAAAUGAACUACACAGAAGAGGUGUGACCGAUGGAACUGAGAUAAAAGGCAUCACCGAUGCAGAUGUUAUAACUACAUCAAAGAAGAUAACUACGCUGGAAAUGAAGGAGAUGAAUGAACGACAGCGAGCAGAACACGCUGUCAACAUGUACGAACAACAGAAAUCUAUUCUACACGGUCUGGAAAACAGAAAUAAGGAACUGGAAGAUAAAUUUGCUGAGAUUACUCGAUCCAAUUUAGAUCUUCAGAAAAUUGAAAGGGAUUUACGAGAUGAGCUGUCAAAUUCAGUAACUAAAGCGGUGAGUGAUGCUGACAGGAAGAAGAUUGACCAACUUGAUGAACAAAUACUCAACUUACAGCAUGAAAACUCUAAACUUAAGGAAGUAACAGAUGUGGCCAGUUCCCAGGUGAAAGCUCUAGAGAUGCAGCAUAUAUCAAAAGAAAAGGAAGUGAAAUCACUACGGCAACAAUUAUUAGACUUCCAGGUCCAGAGUGAUGAAAAGACGAUUAUUGGUAAACUUCAUCGUCACAUUGUCCAGCUGCAAGUCAGUGAAGGAACGGCAGUGAGAAAACUAGAAGAAUCGAGAAAGAAGGUCACAAAACUUGAGGCGAUGGUUCUACGUCUAGAACAGAAGAUUGACGACAAAGAAAAUACACUCUUCCAUAAGAGAAAAGAGGCUCAGAACAAAGUUCAGUACCUGAAAAGAAAUCUACAUGAUAUGAGAUUGCAGUUUGCCGGUGCUAUACCUCUGUCUAAACAAGAGAAAUUCUCCAAGAAUCUGAUGCAGUUACAACAAGAUAAAGCUCACCUGGAGGAUGAACUUAGACAGGUGAAGAAAACAAAGGAAGAUAUGGAAGACAAGCUUGCUGCUCUAGAAUUACAACACAAGAGUUUACAAGAUCUAAUGACAACACUGAAAGACGGGCGUGGCGCUGCAAAAGUGAAGGAAUGGCACGGGAAAAUGGAUACCUUGAGACUUGAAGAAUUGAAACAUAGAAGACAUAUAACUAAACUUCAGCAACAGAUUGGUUACCUAGAAGGAAUUAUCAGGACUCAUGAAAGUGGUAUAGCAGAAUUAGAAACCGAUAAUGUCAAACUAACACAGGAGUUUGAGGAGCGGCAGUUGAGGUGGGAACAUCGUGAGGUGGAGUUAGAGAGACAGAUAGCGACACUGGAGAGGCAGACUGCACAGAUAGCGGGAGCUGCUGCUAAGUUUGAAGAAGCAGUUGGUAGGUUACCAGACUCGAAGUUACCUGUGGCUAACCAGUUGGAACAGGCUAUCUCCACUAUCAAAUCUAAUGUGAGGAUUAUACUGGAUACCCAGGCGGAGUCAAAGAGACUUAAACAGAGAAAUGAGGAGCUUGAAAAACACUGUCGAGAAGUAGAGCACGCUUUGAUUGCCCGUGACAAAGUGAUAGCGGAUCUCAGGCUGCGUAUGCCGGCUACUGCAGAGCGAGAUGAGAUCAUAUUGCGAGCACAGUCUAAAGCGAAUACCGAGGCUGAGAUUAACAAGGCAGCUCAUGAUCGUAACUUUGAGAGUGAACAGUCAAUGAAAGUAGCUCAGUCCACUAUAGCUAGUCUGCAGGCAAGAAUCCAACAGAAGGAAGAGACGAUAUGUAAGUACCAGGAUUUGUUGCGUCAGGCUCGUGAAGAUAUGCAGGAUAUGAACAAACGUCACGAGCAAGAGUUACGGGCCAUGCAACAGAAGAUACACAUGAACACGGAUGCUGCGUUCAGCAAAUUCAAGGAAGCCGCUCAGCAAAUUAUGACACAAAAAUUAGCACAUCCUAUUUCAAAUAAACAGAUUGCCCGUUUGAAUGAGUUGGAAGAUCUGGUUGUAGAGCAGGAGAAUGCACUAGCUGCCAUGGCACAGAAACUACGAUCUAAGGAUGAAGAUAUUGUCGGUCAUAAAACUAGACUACAGCAACAGCUACAUGCUCAUGCAGGAGAAAAACAGAGUGUGGUUGGACAGCUUUCAGAAGAACUUGCCAAUAAACAAGCAGAUGUGGACAGACUGACAAGAACAGUUGAACAUCAAGCGAAAGAGCUGGAACUACUCAAUGAAGAACUUGGUACCGCCAAGGACGCUAACUCUCGUGCACCUACCACAACAAUGAAGAAUCUUGUAGAAAGACUGAAAAAUCAGCUUGCAUUGAAGGAAAAACAACAUCAGGCUUUAAGUAAGGCACUUACUGAGCUGAGAGCAGAUAUGGUAACUCAGGCCCAGGAACAAGUCAAGGCUCACACGGAAGAUUCAUCACAACAGAUAAAUGUACAGAAAAUUGUUGAUAAACACACUAAAGAACUCACUGAUCAGAUAGAAGACCUGCAGAACACAAUAGAGAGACAGAAGAAGGAAUUAAAGAAAAGAAAGGACAAAGAGAGUGGUUUACAUUCAGAGAUUGAUGAUUUUAGAGAGGAACUUACUCAGAAAGAGAAGACGGUCCAUAAGUUAAAGGGAGACAAGCAGAGAUUAGAAUCAGAGAUUGAAGAGUUAGAGAAGAAGAUAGAAAGAAUGAGUACCAUGAAAACACAGAAAACUGGAGAAGAGAAUACAAAGCGUGAAAUGGAUGAAUUGAGACGCCAGGUACGACUCCUGGAAGGUGAACUGAAGCGUAAGAGCCAGGCUGCAGAGAAACCCUAUGACCAUAAGAAGGAAUCACCUAGAGACCCACCACCUAAGGGAACUGGAGGUAGCGAAGAGCUUCUCAAGUGGGAGGAGAGCAAGAAAUGGCAGAAAACCGUGGAGAAAAUGAGGUCAAAGAUCAAAGAAAGGGACGCAGAAAUUGAUAAAUUGCAGAAAUCUAAUAAAAUGCUCAAAGAUAUAUCAGACAGAUUAACAAGGGAGAAGGAUAAUCUAGAGAGGAGAUUAAGUGCUAAACCCACAGCCACAGCAGCAGCUCCACCACUGACCUCUGCCCCAUACAAACCUGACCAUCAACUGGAGAAACUGAAAAAUCAGAACUAUCAACUGCAAGAGGAGGUAGCGGAUUUGAAACGCCAGUUACUAGUUGGCAGAGAAGUACCACUACAGGAGGAGAGGAUACGCAGUCAGCAACUUGCUGAACAGGUCGAGAUUAUGGAACAAGUUGUUGCAAAGAAACAACAUACCACUGCUAAGUCACCAACAGAAGCCUUGGGUUCACAGGGAUCAGAAUAUCAGGUUAUAUUUGAGAAAAACCAGAAUCUGCAGAAACAAGUUCUCAAGAUGUCAGAGGAGAACAUUGAACUCAAGUUUGAGGCAGAACAAGCCAAGAAAGAUAUUCCUAGACUCAAGGACAGAAUAAAUGACCUACAGAGGUAUGUCGAGGCACUGAAAUCUGAGAACAGUCAGCUGCUAGCAGGUGAUGGGACAAACAGAUCAAUGGAUUCAGCUGGCUCUUCAAUCAGAAGGAUUGGUGAGAGUGGAAAGAGUACAAGGCAACUUGAGAAGACAGUGGCGUUGCUGAAGAAGGUUGUAGAACGUGUACAGUCUGAAAAUGAACAAUUAAAGAAGGCACCAGGUGUUGUUAGUAAUGAACGUCUUCAAAAUUUACAGCUUGAAAAUGAAGGACUGAAGUCUCAAAUGGAGGAGCUGCGUCAGAAGGUUGGAGCCACCCUCAGUGAGAGAUACACCAGUCAGCAGAAAGGCACAGCUAAAAUGAUGGGUGAUUAUGAAAAAAUGAGGAAAGAUCUCAUGAAGGAAAUGGAUAAUAAUGAAAAACUUCGAGCUCAGAUCACAUCCCUAGAAAUAAAGCUUGAACAACAGAAGGGUAAGGUAGCAGAGUCAAAGACAAGACUUCAGAUAGAGGAAGGAAAGACAGAGGAUGGACAGGGGGCUGAUGGGAAAGGAUGGAAGUCGGCUGUUGUUACACGCAUGUAUGAAGAUAGAUUGAAAUCUUUAGAAGCGGAGCUUGAUAAGAAGACAAAAUUAUUGUCUGAAACCAAAACCUUGUUGAAAGAGGCAGCUAUCAGGGAACAAAGACUAAUGGCAGAAAAAGAACAACUUCUGAAAAAGGUGGCUGUAUUGGAGAGGGUGCCACCAGGAAGUUCUGGUAUGUCAGAUAUAGAUGUUGCUAGAGACUACCAACAGUCAAGGUUGACGAUAGAUCGGUUGGAGAAUGAAAAGAAAGAACUUGCUUUUGAGCUCACUAUGGCUCGACGACAAGCUGGAGCAGGAAAUAUAAGUGAGGAGAUAUUCACAAAGGCCAAUAACUAUGACAGGGUGAUGUCAGAGAAUAUAGAGCUAGGGCUGGAACUGAAAACAAUCCGGCUUGAGAGAGAUAAAACAAAAUUGGAAGUAGACAGGUUAAGAAAAGAGCUUGGAACAUUUGGACCAGACUUCUUUGAAGAAAUAGAGGAUCUCAAAUUUAACUAUAAACAGUCGGUAGAGAAAAAUAUUCUGUAUGAAGAGAAAUUAAAACAAGUUAGUGAGCAGUUUGGAAUAUCUAUACCUGGAGUAAGAUAAGAAGACUGAAGUAAGGAAGAGGAUUUAGAUUUUUAAAUUUAGUACUAUAAACAUUACUUUCGAUACUUGAAGGAAUUAGACUCAAAAAAUUAUUUUGAAAUAAUUGUGUGAUAAAGUAAAAGUUGUGUUGGGUACUGUGUCACAACUGCAGGCUGAUUAGUAAUACAGUUAAUUAAAGGUCUUUGGUUUUCAACGAAAUUGUUAUUUUAUGGUAUUGCUAAGAUAGAUUUGAUUUAAAUUUCUCAAACCUUGAUGGUGAUUACUUCAUGGGUCUUAGGAGCCUUACUUUUGGUCAACAACAUUCUUAUAGAUAUUACUUUGACUUGACUAGUUAAAUUGAGUUGUAGCAGCAUUUAUAUUCAUGAGCCAAUUAUGCUUCCCCUUGAUAAGUGUUAAUUGAUAGCAAUUUUUGUGAUACAUUAGCUUAAACUAGCCAUUCAUGUUUCUUUGUAGUGCAAGUGUAAUAGACAUAUGAAUGCAUUUUGUAAAUGCAUAGUAUUCAAAACUGUUCAGUUUGUUUUGUUAAAAUCUUGAUGCCAAUCAUGUGGAGAAAAUUAUUCUGUAUCCAUGAUGUUAUAUCUUGUUGUGCUAGUGCUUACAUUGGUUGCUGAAGGUGUUUUGUUAAAUUUUCAAACAUUCCAGUAGAUACAUUCAGUUUCAUGUAUUGUUUUUCCUCAUGAUCUAAUGGAUCUUUUUGCAAAUGAAGAAAUAUAUUUUACUCAAUAGAUCUGUUUCAGUAUAUAUGUGCUUGGAAAACCUUUUUUUUUAUUACAGUAAUUAUUUUUAAUUAAAAUUUUGCAUCUAUGUUAACUUUAAUGUAUAAAUUUUAUAUGAAUUAGAUUGAGUAAUUGUGAGUGUUAUGUAACUUGGGUGAAUGUCAUUGUAGUGUAUGCUACUUGGAACACUACAAAAAGUAGUAUAUUCAAAAUGCUUAAAGUUGUCUUUUAUCUUGGUAUUUACUGUGGAAUCAUGAAAUUUCGUGGGCAUGAAAUUUCUAGGUUUUGAUUAAUACUACUAUUUCAAAGGGAUACCGGUAUGAAUUUAUCGAUAUCUACUUUUGAACAUAAUAUAAACGGAAAUUUGGCUUGUUUGUUGGGAUUAAAUUUCAGAUUGACUCGACCACAAAAUCAACGAAACUUAGUGCCCCACGAACAUUUAUGAUUUUACAGUAUGUCUAUGGUGACCGUAAACUUUACUGUGAUAUUUUUCCGUCCUGGAUUAUUUAUAUUAGGAUUAUUUACAUAAAUUACAUGAACAUUUAUACUGUAUGUCUACUAUAUAAAAAAAUAAAAUAGUUUAGAAUGAA